UUCUUAGAGAGAGAGAGAGAGAGAGCGAGGCUGAAGCGAACGUUCAAUUUCCAUGCCUUCACCUCUGUAGAGAGAGAUUGAGCUCAAAACCAAACUCCGAUUUUCCCUGCCUUCCCUCUUUUAGAGAGAGAGGGUGGGGGGCCUAAAAAUUGAACUUCAAUUUCCAGGUCUUCCUCUCCGUUGAGGGGAGGGAAGCGAAAACAAAAACUUGAAUUUCCCUAUCUUUUCCUUUUUUUUUGUUUUAGGGAGAGAGAAGGAGGCGAUAACAAAAUUUUAAUUUCAUACUCUUCCACCCUAGAGAGAGAGAGUUUCAUGGAAAUGCAGGAGGAGACUCCCAAAUUCCCAGCAUUUCCCUUCAAGCCAUACUCAAUCCAGCUUCAAUUCAUGACGGCACUCUACAAUGCCCUCGACAGUGGAGGAGUCGCCAUGCUUGAAAGCCCUACUGGGACCGGCAAAACGUUGAGUAUAAUAUGCAGUGCUCUGCAAUGGGUUGUUGAUCAAAGAUCAAAAGAGAAGAAACCCAAUACAGCAAUUGAUCAGGGCUCGCAUAAUUUUGACGACGAACCCGAUUGGAUGAAGAAUUUUGUUGUACCCAAAGGUGAGAAAUCACCUCAGAAGAAAUCAUCAACAUUUGGCUAUAAAUCAGUGGAUUCUAGAGAGAGAAGGACUCAGAGAAACCCCAUAGAGAGCAAUAACAACAUAUGUGGGAGAAAGGGAGGUCUUAUUAAAAUGGGUUCCAAUUCAACAAUUGGGGAAAUGGAUGAGGAUGAGGAGUUUUUGGUCAAUGAAUACAAGAGUGAAACAGAUGAAAAUGGUGAUAAGAACACGAAAAGGAAGGCUGCUGGAUCAAGCAGUGAUGAAGAAGUAGAUGAUGACGAAGAAGAAGAAACGGAGGGAGAUGGAGUUUUCAAAGUUUAUUUUUCUAGCAGGACACACUCACAGCUUUCUCAGUUUGUCAAAGAGAUGCAGAGAACUGUAUUCGCUUCUACUUUAAGAGUGAUCUGUUUGGGUUCAAGGAAAUCACUGUGCACAAAUGCAGAGGUUUCGAAGCUGGGAAGUUUGGGUAGGAUUAACGAGCGAUGCAUGGAACUUCAGAGGAGAAAGACCACAAAGGAAUCCAGAAGCAAGAUCAGCAACAAUGGAGUUAAAAUCCAGAGGAGCAAACUGUCUUCUGGAUGCCCAAUGAUGAAGCAUAAAAAAUUUCAGAGGCAAUUGAGAAACGAAAUCUCUCAAAGUGAUGCAAUGGACAUUGAAGAUCUACUGAGGCUUGGUCAGAAAAUUGGAACAUGCCCAUACUAUGGCUCUCGGAGCAUGGUUCGAACCGCUGAUUUAGUGGUCCUUCCUUACCAAUCUCUUCUCUUGAAGUCUGCUCGUGAAUCGCUUGGUUUAACUUUGAAAAACAGUGUUGUCAUUAUAGAUGAAGCUCACAAUCUGGCAGAUGCUCUCAUUAAUAUGUACAACUCAAAAGUUACCAAAUUUCAGCUUGAACAGGUAGAGUACCACCUGACAAUGUACUUUGAAAGGUUCCGAAAUCGCUUGGGAACUGGAAAUAGGCGAUACAUCCAGAUUCUAAUGGUUGUUGCAAAGGCUCUACUCCAGUUGCUGAUAUGCAAAGAAGAAGUUAACUCUGUUGAACACUGCAAAGUAAUUGAUGCUCAACAAACUGAAGAGCCAGAGAUGUGCAACUCUUCAGUGACUGUAAAUGAUUUUCUAUUUUCUCUUGAAAUUGACAACGUGAACUUAAUCAAGUUAAAGGAGUACGUUAAGGAGAGCAACAUCACUCACAAGGUCAGUGGCUAUGGAGCUAAACUUAAUAUUUUGGCAAAUGGGUCUCCACAAUCAUCCGCCAUUGACGAUAGGAGUGUUGGUGUUGAAGGGAGCAUAGUAUCUGCAUUUCAAGCAUUUGUGGACUUCAUGUUUGCACUGACAAAUGAUGAUACCGAUGGAAGAAUCAUUGUCUCAAAGAAAGAGGGAUCCCUGAAAUUUGUUAUGCUUGCUGGAGAGAAGAUUUUCUCUGAGAUUGUAGAUCAAGCACAUGCUGUUGUACUAGCUGGAGGAACACUGCAGCCUACAGAGGAGACAGUGGAUCGCUUGUUCCCGUGCUUGCCUAUGGAGCGGUUGCACUUAUUUUCGUGCAACCAUAUUGUUCCUCCAGAGAGUAUUUUGCCCAUUGCAGUUUCAUGCGGGCCCACAGGAAAGAAAUUUGAUUUUAGCUACCACUAUCGAAGCUCUCCAGGCACGAUGGAGGAGCUUGGAUACCUAAUCUGCAAUUUAGUAACUGUGGUGCCAGAAGGUAUCGUGGUGUUCUUUUCAUCAUUCGAGUAUGAAAAGCAAGUUCAUGAAUCUUGGAAGGCUUCUGGCAUCAUGGCAAGAAUUCAGAAGAGAAAGCGUGUCUUCAGAGAGCCUAGAAAUAGUGUAGAAGUUGAGUCUGUUCUUAAGGAAUACCAAGAAGCCAUACUUGUAUCCAUUGACAAUUCAGCACAAAGCCAUGGUGCCCUGCUUUUAGCAGUGGUUGGAGGAAAGGUAUCAGAAGGAAUAAACUUCAGUGAUGGAAUGGGUCGCUGUGUGGUUAUGGUAGGACUUCCAUAUCCGAGCCCUUCCAAUAUUGAGCUGAUUGAAAGAAUCAAGCAUAUUGAAGGAUUGGGAAAACCCAAAUCACAAUGCGUUGGCAACCAUAUCUACUGUGAAACACCUAGUGAAGCUGGAUUUCAAAUUUUGAAGUGUUGCAAAAAUAGAGGAAGAGAGUACUAUGAAAACUUGUGUAUGAAGGCAGUAAAUCAAUCUAUUGGCAGAGUGAUCCGGCACGUUAACGAUUAUGCUGCAAUCUUACUGGUUGAUUCACGUUAUUCAUCUCUUCCCUCCAAAAGAAGUUUUGCUGACCCAUCUAGUAAGCUCCCAUUGUGGAUAAAAGAUCGUCUGGUUUCCACCACGGCAAACUUUGGGGAAGUUCACAGGUUGCUCUAUCAAUUCUUCAAAAUAAACAAGGGAAGGAAAAUUUGAUAAUGUUGAGUUUGCAGUGCUCAAACUUUGCAAGUUAAACUGCUUACAGCAUGUAGAUAUUUCUAUUCAGCUUGAGGUACACCUUUUUUACUCAAUUUUUAUUCUAUCCACAUAUAUCUGAAUAAUGUGUUCUAAGAAAGCUAUAACCAAUCUGGCUGGUGGGAGCAGCUUGAGGUCAAGAUAGUAGUUGUUUGAUCAACUUAGAACUGAUCUGUAGGGGCUGUUCAGCACAACUUGGGCAUUUCUUAUGGUAUAUUUUUUUUUCUUCCAUUGAUUUGGAGUCGCUAGUAUAGGCUCCAUCUUUGAUGCUUGUAAAUAUUGGGGACCUAACACAUCUUCCUAUUCUCUUAUGGAAAUCAAAUUUUGUUC